AUGGCUCAACCUCCUGCCGGUCUUGCUCUCGAUGGUGGCGACCCUCGAUUGAGUAGUGGCCCAACUGCGAAGAUGAUUCACGAUCCAAAUGUCACAUUUGAGGAAUAUGUGUACUAUGCGAAGAUCGAACGGGCUCGCGAGAAACAACACCCAGACGUACUCGAUCUAGUCACGUCUUUGAAAUCCGUCUUGGGAAAGAAGAAGGUCGUUGUAGACAUAGAUGCACCGUCUUCUGUGCAAGCAACUCAAGCUACGAAGGAUGAGAAAGGGAUCCCUAGAGAUCAGCCACCAGCGGUAGCUGAAGAGGAAUGGUACCAAGCUUCGAGGGCUUUGCGAACGGCGACAUGGGGGGCUGUAUUUUAUCUCAUUACGACAGACGUCCUUGGGCCAUAUUCUGUGCCUUGGGCUCUUUCCCAGAUGGGGUAUGGACCAGGCGUGACUUUGUAUACCAUCUUUGGACUCUUGGCUGGAUACACCGGGUGGCAAAUCUGGCAGAUGUUUCUCCGUCUCGACUCGUCAAUCUACCCUUUGAAAUCUUUCGGAGACAUCGCGUUUCGUGUUUACGGUUCCUGGGCUCGACACUCAGUCAACAUUCUUCAAUCCCUCCAGCUUAUCUUCAACGUCGGCGUCAUCGUGAUUCAAAAUGGCCAAGGUCUAUACCAAAUCAAUAGCAACAUCUGCUAUGUUGCUUGUUGCAUAAUCUGGGUGUGUUCCGGCAUGAUGCUUGGCCAAAUCCGAACGCUGCAGAAAUUUGGCUGGGUUGCAAAUCUAGCCAUAUGGAUUAAUAUUGUGGUUAUGAUAUUGACAAUGGUUAUAGUGAGCCACAGCCCACCGAAUUACACCGCAUCUGAAGCAUCAAAUGGACGUGGCCGAGAUUUUGGACCGAUCUCUACAUAUGCUAGCGCGCCACCUUAUAGCGAAGGGUUUCAAACUGGUAUCUCCGGUCUGAUGCAAGCAGUCUAUUCAUACGGCGGCGCACUCAUCUUCUGCGAAUUUAUGAGCGAAAUGCGAAAGCCUGGUGACUUCUGGAAGGCUUUGCUCAUCGCUGAUUCCUUCAUUUACGUCACAUAUCUCUUCUUCGGACUCUACGUCUACAGCUUCCACGGCGAAUUCGUCGUCAAUCCAGCAUUCCAAGGGAUCUCGCCUCAGAGUGCCUUGAAGGCCGGAAAUACGUUGGGACUGAUCUCUGCGUUGAUCGCUGGAGCUCUGUACGGCAACAUCGGCGUAAAAGUAAUCUAUACCAACAUCCUCAGGGAAUUCUUCAACGCGCCCCCACUGGACGAGAAGUUGGGGAAGUUCUUGUGGGUGGGACUGGUCCCGCUCUAUUGGGCCGUGGCUUUCGUUCUUGCAGCUGCUAUUCCGAAUUUCCCAUACCUCUUGGGUCUUGUGGCGGCAGUUUGUAUUCUGCAGUUCACGUAUACUAUUCCGCCGCUGAUGAUGCUGGGAUGUGAUAUACAGUACCAUUCUAUCAGAGAGGCACAAGGUGAAGGGUUUGAUCCGGCAACAGGACAGACGAAGAGACUGGAUGAUGGAUGGAAGAGAUGGCUCAGAGGCGCGAAGACGUAUUGGUAUGUUAAUGUGUGGAAUUUGCUGUUCUUCUUUGGGGCGCUCGUUACAGCGGCACUAGGGAUGUAUAGUAGUAUUCAAGGACUGAAGAUGGCAUUCGCGACUGGCAGGAGUACGAGUUUCAGCUGUAAAGGUCCUUUAGGGUCGGGGUAA